UUUUAUUUGGUGUACCCAAACGCAACGCUCCCAUUCAACGGUGCUGUGCUGGUUUUUCGUGAUUACGCGCAUUUGUGGUCUUUGCUUUCUUUUAGUCCCCUGAUAGUCUUUUACUCCCCUGUAUCUUAUUAUGUUGUUCCCAUGGUCCUGCUGAAAGAUGCGCGCGUUGAGUUUUACCAGGAAAUCAUUGGGAAGCGCGUUUUGGUAUUUGUUCUACCUAAUGUUGAUGGAAUGUGCGCCUGGCGAAUACUUAAAGAGCUUUUUAUUUGCCGCCAAGUUUUAUACACUUUGUUGGUGAUUUUCGAUAAGGAAAACCUUCGGACAAGCUACGAAAGAAACAAGCAUUCGUUUCUCAACGUCAUUCUUAUCAACUGUGGGGCUAACUUUGAUGUGAUUGAAGCACUUGGGCCUGAGCAUGAAACGAUAUUUUACAUUUGUGACAGUCACCGACCGAUACAUGUUAAUAAUUUCUACAAUCAGCGGCAAGUCAAGUUGAUUAGCAUUGGAGAGGAUACUUCUGAUGUUCCCCGUUUUGAGGAAAUUUUUCGACAAUCAUCUGUAAGCGAUUUUGAAGUGUUCUCACUUGUAGUCCGAU